CAUUCGUAGUGUUUAUUCGUUCCCAGCGGCUCAAUCCCAGAAGGACGUCACCGUGCAUGUGAAGGCAAGACCUAGCUCACAACCCCACCACUCCCACAAUACGCGUUUCCCACACCCAUCGCGACAUGCGGCCGUCGCCUUGAGCUCCUCACCACACCAUCACGAUCACCACGAUGUCCCGCGCCGCUGCCGCCACAAACCUAAACAGCUACGUCCACUUCCCGACCGGACACGAAGACCUAGUCCACGAUGUCGCCUACGACUACUACGGCCGGCGCAUGGCGACCGUCUCCUCAGACCAGCGCCUCAAGAUCUUCGACCUCAACGACGAGGGCUCGUGGGUCAUCUCGUCGUCGUUCAAGGCGCACGACAGCAGCAUCAACCGCGUGAUCUGGGGGCCGCCAGAGCAUGGCCAGAUCGUGGCUACGUGCUCGUACGAUCGCACCGUCAGGAUCUGGGAGGAGCAGGAAAUGGAGCCCAAAGUGUCCCCCUACCGCUGGAAGCGACAGUUCCAGAUGACGUCCGACGCGCGUACCGCGAUCCACAGCAUCGCGUUCCCGCCUACGCUGGCGUCCAACAGCUCCACGAGCACGGGGCUAAAGCUCGCGUUCAUCAGCACCGACGGGCACGUGCACAUCUACGAGUGCCGCGAGCCGCAGGACCUGACACAUUGGAUCGCGAUCGAUGUCGUGUCCGUGCUUGCUGCCCCGCCUGCCAGAGAGGUCGAGGUCGCGUUUUGCAUAGCGUUUUGUCCGAGCCGCUGGGGCGGCGAGCAGCUGGUUGUUGGCGCGAUGGAUCAGGUCAGGGUCUAUAGGCAUAAUACGUCGGGCAAGUUUAGGGCGGCGGAGGAGCUGGCGGGACAUCGCGCGCUGGUCAGGGAUGUCGCGUGGGCGGUGAGUAUGGGCCGGAGCUACCAUCUCAUUGCGACGGCGUGCAAGGAUGGUCAUGUACGUAUCUUUCGACUCACCGCGAGAGAGGGCGGGAAGACGGAGUUUCCGGUCGAGAAGGAGAAAGAGAAGGAGAAGGAGAAGGAGAAGAGCCUGAUGAGGCGCCGUGGAAGGGGCGGGGCGGGGCUGUCGCAGGGAUUGGGAGGCGAUGAGCCAUCGGCGGGCGAUGCUGAGGAGCUGGCGGAUGUCGGUGUUCGAUGGGAUGUCGAGAAGGUUGCCGACUUUGGAGAUCAUAAGGCUGAGGUUUGGAGGGUUGCUUGGAAUGCUACCGGAACGAUAUUGAGUUCCACCGGCGAUGAUGGCAAGAUACGGCUGUGGAAGGCGGCGAUUCAUGGGGAGUUCCAGUUGCUAAGUGUGGUGGCUACGCCGCGGGCUAGGUAAGUGCUGCUGGGGGAGGUGCGAUUGGGAUUUUCUAAUGAACUGAUGUAGUGGGAGGGAGGAGACAUUGGCGGAGGAUGAGUGAUAGUACAUCAGCGAGAUUUACGAGUAAUGGGAGCAAGCAAGUGGUAUC